AGCCUUUCAAUGUUCUAAGGGGUGAAUUCAGCUGUUGACAGUUCAGUUUGAAGGCUGCCUGCAACGCUGCCAGACUUUGCAGAUUGUCGUGAACGUUAGGAUGAUCUAUUACUAUCUUAAAAUAAUCAAAUCUAUAUCUUUAACUGCUCUUACUUUACAAUAAUUUAGUUAAAAAAAGAGUGCAUCCUUAUUUCUCUUUUUAUAAUUUAAACUUCCAUUUUUUCAAAUUUUAUCAUUUAUCUAAUACCACAGCAUAAAGAAACCAGCAGUCGCACUUCAAUAAAAAUACAUUGGUUUGAAUAAGCGAGUUCGGUGCAUGUGUACUAAGGCAGGCGCGGCAUAUUUGCUUAUAGUAGGGAUGCCGCUGACACUCGCUACGGUCCACGCGGCUUUUGCCAUGGCUAGAGCCGGACUUAAACAUUUUUUUAGAUAUUAUUAUCUUGUAAAAUAAAAAUACCUACAUAGUACAAAUAUUUAUUUUUUAAUAUUAAUAAAGUUCAUAUAUUAACAAAAUAUUUAAACAAAAAUAAACAUCGCAUUUCUACAUCUAACAACGACGAUAUAGAAGAAUACGUGCAGGAAGUUAAUUAGGUAUGUACCAUAAAUUUAAGAGACCAUUCUUUGAGUAAUUUUAAUCAAAAUCACAAAAGUUUUUAUAAAAAACGCUACGCUUUGUAAAAACGCUAUCAAAAUAGUCACUAAGUACGGCGCUGAACUAGGCGAUACACCUAUGAACACAGUUCGAUAAACAGUGAGCUCGGCAUCCGGAGAACAUGGCUGCGGCAUGGCUAAGGAUGCUAUUAGUUCGCUUACAUUUUCGAGCGGAGUGCGACUGCUGGUUUCUUUAUGCUGUGCUAAUACCUUGCUACUUGCCAAUAGGAGUUCUUUCUAUAUAAAUCUGACAACGCAUCUACUAGUUGUGCCACCUGAUGAAACGAGAGGUUAGGUUGUUUAUAUUUAUGUUCUGUGGUUGCCGGUAUUUCUGACGAGAUCCGCAGUAAACAUUAGCCCAUUUUUGUGUUUUUUUCUAAAAUCGGAACUGUUUAUUUCCGCGAAACGUGUAUGUUAUAUUUAUGUAAAAUCUUCGCGUACUUUGAAAUCGCAAAAUCGUAUUUUCGGACUAGAAAAAUCCUCGGAGAAACCGGUUCUCCGGCGCACCGGCCGGGCGACGCCGCGGUUUUAUUUGUUUAUAUCAGAUUUUAAUACUUUAGUUCGUGUUUAAUUUAAUGUUUUUCUCCUAUCUCUCCCUCGGCUUGUAGUUAAUACCAGAGUUUAAAUAUGCCUCAAAAGUGCUGUGUUCCGGGUUGUAACGGAAACUAUAAAAACGGACCUAAAGUGCAUGUCUUCGGUUUUCUUAAGGAUAUAAAUCUAAGGCGAAAAUGGGUAAAAGCCAUACACAGAGAUGACUUUGAGCCCACAAACAACACCAAAGUAUGUGAAGCUCAUUUUCCUGAAGUUAGUAUAAUAAAGAGUACUUAAGUUCAAGAUUCCAACACAGGUAAAAUUUGUACAAAAUAAUUACUAAAACCAUGGCUAAAAGAAGAAUGUACACCAUCUAUUUUUUUAAAUUGCCCUAGUUAUUUGUCAAAAACUAUAAAAAUACUGCCAAGUAAAGAUGAAAGGUUUAAAAAUAUUGACGAGUUGAAUUUAGCAAAAGCCCUUUAAUUAAGCAAACUUGACUUUGGCGAGCAUGAGAAACAAAAUAAUUUUGACAGUUUUGAAGAGUUUAUUGAAAAAUUUUCUGCUUUUAAACUACCGAAAGAUACUGCUCACAGUGAGUCUCAAGACAGCAAAAAGCUAACAAUUUUUAAAAUUGAAUACACACCUGGUCCAUGCAUUAAUUGGGUAAUUGUUUUUAAUUUAAAUGUUAUUAGGAUAUGAAUAUUAUAUGAAACUUUUUAUAUAGCGAGCCAGUUUGUGUUUUAACAUCAAAAUUUAAAACCCCAUAUACUUCCCAUAGUUUAGAUGAUUUGUAUGCAUUACUUGAAGCAAUAGACCUUACUAUUAUUACCCUGCCUUUGGAGGAAAAUGUUACCAAUAAUGACAACCCCGACUGUGACUUAAAUCCAAAUACUGCUACCGAGACUGCUACCAAUACCCUUGGCAAUACAGAAGAACGUACGUAAUACGCAAGAACAAGAAUACAUAAGAACAAACCAUCAAAUGACAUAAAUAAAAUGAAAUGUGUGUUCGAUUUUGUGUCAAACAUACUAAAAAGUUUUAAAAACAUUGAAGACAACAAAAUAGUGCAUGCCUUAGAUUUUAUUUGUGAACAAUUAGCUUGCUUAUAACUGCAAAGGAAAGGUACAGAUAUUCAAGUAGUACAAUAAUUUUGACUUCUAUAAUCUAUACUAUUAGUCCUCUUGCAUACAAGUAUUUAAGAGGUUAUGAAUACCUAAUUUUACCACAUCCUCAAACUAUAAUGGGUAUUUGUAACAAACACAUGACCGAUCCCCACAUAGAUGAAAAAAAAAUGUUUUUAACUUAUGCCCGAAAUGUGUUUAGUUUACUAAAGGAUCAUGAGAGAUUUGUGACACUACUUUUUGAUGAAAUUCAUAUUGGCCCUUACAUGGACUAUAAAGGUGGUAAUAUCACUGGAACAUCAGUAAAUAAUAAGUCUCUAGCUUCCUCUGCAUUUACUUUUAUGAUUACAAGUGUGUGUUACAGCUUUAAGGAAGUAGUUCACAUAGCUCCCAUCUCCAAAAUUACAUCAGACAUACUUCAUAAUUUUAUUAAGACAAUUAUUGAAAAUUUCGAGGAGAUUGGGUACAUGUUUUUUGUGUUACAAGUGAUAAUAAUGCCAUUAACGGGAAAGCCAUGAGUAAUUUUUCAACUGCAGACCAACUUAGCAUUGUUUAUAUUUAUCCCAUAGAUAAUCAGAGACCAUUAUUUUACCUAUUUGACACAGUUCACUUACUUAAAUGUGUAUUUAAUAAUUGGCUUAACUCUAAACCAGACCAAAAAUUUUAUUUUCCUAAUUUUGACACUUUGAAAAAAAAAAGUGCUUCUUUUUCUGCAAUUAAAGAAUUACAUGAACUGGAGUAUGAUAAGCUUUUUAAGCUUUUAAAGUGAAAAUAUGUAUUUAUGUGUAUAUAAUAACAUUUUUUACUACUUGAUGGUAUAAAAAAAGUAUUAUAAAUACCUAAAUACAUAUGUUGAAUUUUGGCGCAGAUGUAGGGGAGUUGGGAGUCUGCAUUUAAUAUUACACCAUAAUAUUUAAUCUGACAUUCAACCAGAACUAAAACAUACCUUUGAAUGUUUCCUGAACUCUAUUCUAUUCCUAGCAUUUUUUAAAAUAAGCCAAAUAUUGAGAUAUUAUCAUAUGAAAUCCCUUGGUUUUUAAAAAUCGGUGGCCCACAUCGAUGACGUCACGCGCCAAGCACUAAGGCCUUGUCUUUGAGUGGGUGUUGGGUUAGCGUGGGUUUUAUACCGUGAAUACGACUCUGGAAGCUUCGUGUAUCUACCUACGCGAGCCAUUAAAUUCUUGAUUUCUCUACUAUUUUGAACUUUAUAUAAAGGCGGCAAGCGAUGUUACUUGACUUAGCAUUUUUGGGCGCUAGAUUCAAUUCAGGCCACCAGUACUCGACCGGCGGGCCGCGGUCUGUGCAUCCAUGCCCUAUAGUUAUACGUUAUAGGUACGUUUAAUCUCUAACUGGCCUCCAACGAAGCACUAACGCUCAUUAUGAUCGCUUUAUUAUCUUACAAAGUCUCUCAGAUCAUCAUGUUACAGCUGUAGGAUUCAGAAAUCGACUUCAUCACUUCCAGAAUACCAAUGUAAGCGAACCGGUGAAGCUAAUCUUCCUAGACGUCAUCGUGUUAUGCGACUUCAGUUUGCCAAGAAUCAUAAACAAUGUGGUGAAAAUUAAUGGGUGCGCCAUUCGUUUACUGAUUAAUUGAGUUGAGAUUUAGCUUAAGGUUUCCGGACGGUUAUGAAAUAGUAAGACCACAAGAACGUUUUGCGUAUAUUUCGCUCGUGCGCGGGUAAAGGGGUAUAAGUCAGAAUAGUUAUAAAAUGAGGUUAACGCAAAAUUCGACACCACUUUUCAAGAUCUUGAAUUGUGUAAAAGGGUAUAACUCUAGCCGCGUUUAAAAUCCGUAUUUUCAAUUGUGUAAAACAGGUUUAAAAUAUGUAUAUAUAGGGAGUAUGGAUAUAUAUCAUUAUAUAUCCGUUUUCACAAGAAGCUGGUUUGGCGUAAAGCGAUUUAACAAGACUUAUACCUCUUUACCCUAAUCACAGAACAACCCACGUUAUUUUGUGCCGUACGAAUAUGUCACUAUUAUUUUUGUUUACAUAUUUUUAAUGACGCAUGGCGUGUUGAAUGCUUAGCAAAAUAAUCGACAUAAUUUGGUUUUAAACAAGUUUAGAAACCUUUGGUUGCUUAAAUAAGUUCUAGAACCCUGCCAGAACAGGCAAAGAAGACUAUAGAACGUCCUGUUUGGGUUAAAGUGCAUAGUUUUGUCAUUAGUUUAAGUGAGGUUAUGGCUUCAAAAAGAACAAAAUUAAUGAUUGAUAUGUGCAAAGAAAAUGGAUUUGAUAAUCUUUGUGCCGUUGAGGAUGGUAAGCAGACUUGGCAAGAGAUUUGUUGUACAAGCACCAAUGUCAUAGACCAGAUACCAUCUACUUCACAGGAUGUUUUAACAGAGAUGUCAGAGCAAUCUAAUAAGAAGGAAUUCGUUACUUUGCAUAAUGUUCCUUUAUCUACAACACCGUAUUUUGAGGAUGAUGUGUCAUCUAUACACGAGGUUCUGCCAUCACCAGGUAACGAACAAUUAGGUGAUGAUCCUGGCGAUUGUGACGACAGCGAUAAGGAUAAAGACUACGCCCCAGAGUCAGAAAGUUCAGAUUCUGAUAUGGUUAAUCUACAGCAACUUGCAGAUAAAAUAAGAAAGAAAAACAACAAUUCGGCGGGUCAAGUGGAAAAUGUUAUUAAAGAAAAUAGGCGAGGUCGGAAAACAGUAAAGGAAGAAACCAGGGAGAAAAGAAAGUUAAGAAAAACAAACAGAAAUUUGGGUAGGGAAUAUACUACCAGCAAGGGGAAACUUAUCAGAAAAAGAGAGAGAAGACCUUUAUGCUCUUGUAGGAAUGGAUGUUGUAGUAAAGUAGAUGAUGUUCAGUUGGACAUGCUUUUUGAUUAUUUCUGGUCAAUUGGCGACUUUGACGAGAGGGUUGCCUAUACCGCAAGUCUUAUUACGAAACAAAGAAAGAAAACAGCAAUAACGUCAGAAAGGAAGAAAAAGCGAGACUGUGUUAACGUUUUUCAUUUGAAAGUUAAUGGCGAGUUGAUUCAAGUUUGUAAAGGGUGCUUUGAAAAAACCUUCGAUAUUUCUAAUAAAUUUAUAACGACUGUAUUAUUAAAAAUGAACUCAACAGGAAUAUGUGAAAAAGAUAAAAGAGGUCGUAAAGAGCCUGCAAACAAAAUAAGUGAAAACAGUUUGCAGCUAGUAAAAGAUCACAUAGCUUCCAUUCCAACCUACGAAAGCCAUUAUUGUAGGAGGAAUUCCGAAAAACGAUUUUUACCUUCAUUUUACACGUUGAUACGUCUUUAUGAAGAAUAUAAAAUUUGGGUCCUGCCAAAUAAUAAGCCCGUAAGUCGUAAGAUUUAUGAACAUGUUUUUCACGAAAUGGGCAUUAAAAUAAAAAAGUUCCAGAAAGACACAUGCGCUACGUGUGAAAAAUUGAACAUUUUGAUUCGCAAUGAGAAAAACAGUGAAACCUUGAGUAGGUUAAAAACUGAACUGCAGUCACAUCUAGAUGAAGCUCAGGCGGCUUUUGAUUCGAAAAGACAAGACAAAGACCUUGCAAAACAGGAUGAGACUAAACUUGUAUACGUGUUUGAUCUUCAACAGUGCCUACCAACCCCAGAUCUAACUGCCUCUGUUGCCUUUUAUAAAAGAAAACUGUGGACCUACAACCUGACCAUGCACGAAUGUAAAAAAAAACAAGCGAUCUGUUGCAUGUGGUACGAGACCAUUUCUGGACGGGGUGCAAAUCAGGUAGCGUCUUGCGUAUUUCGAGAACUUUUAUCUUUGCCUCCUGAAAUAAAGCAUGUUACACUUUAUUCUGACACUUGCGGAGGUCAGAAUAAAAAUUCCCAUGUUGUAGCAAUGUUUCUAGUUCUUAUGCAGCUGACUCAUCUGGAAAGUGUGGAUCAUAAAUUUUUGGUUCCCGGUCACACUCAUAUGGAGUGUGACUCCGAUCAUUCUGUCAUUGAGAGAAAGAAAAAGAAGUAUGAAUAUCCAAUAAAUCAUCCGCGUGAUUGGUUUCAACUAGUGCGGUUAUGUGGACAGGCAAAUAAUAAGUUCCAAGUUAUUGAGAUGAACAGGGAACAUUUCUAUAGUUUCUCAGACCUGCUCAAGAAAGUAUUUCAAGUAAAGAAAAAGGAUGAGAAAGGAAACCAUUUUGUUUGGAAAAAUGUGAAAUGGCUAAGAUUUGAAAAAAAGAAAUGGACAUUUUAUUAUAAAACUUCUUUGAGUUACAUAGCUCCCUUUCAUGAAAUGGACUUUUCAAGACGUGGACAAACUAAGGAGAUACCAGUCUCAGCAAUCCCUAAGUGUCAAUUUCCAAACCCCAUUACAGAGGAGAAAAAGAAAAACCUUAUAGAUCUAUUGCCCUAUAUAGACAACGUGUUCCACGAAUUCUACAAAGGCCUUCCCACCCAGAAGGAUCUUCAUGAAAUUUUGCCUGAUAUAGAAGAAAUUGACGAAGAUAAUAUAGAGUAAAGAGAAACAUCUUAUGUUUUUUUGUGUAAAGAGGUAUAAUUAGUUUUUUUUUUCUGCGAAAUGGAUAUUUUUUUCUUUGUAAUGUUAUCCGAACAUUAACCCUAUUAAAAUAAAUAGCUCUGGAAAAAAAAUCAUUUUUGUAUUAUUUAUUUUAAGGAAGUUAUCCCAAAAAUUGAACCGGACAAUACUUACCAAGCUAAUUUUCUCAAAACUAAUACUUUUGACAUUAUACCCCUUUACCCGCGCACGAGCGAUUUAGUCCUACGGUAGGCUACCUAGGAGAUUCACUUAUGGUGUGGGCGUAGAAUUUUCCUAGAGAUUUUGUUGUUCCGUAUGUUGAUUUUAUUGGAAGUAUUUUCAUCUUGAUGCAUGAUAACACCAGGCCCCACACCGCAAAAAUUACUUAAAAAUACUUAAACGAUGUAAACAUUCCUGUCUUAGAGUGGCCAGCGUUAAGUCCAGAUGCGACCCCUAUUGAACAUGCUUGUGCGAAGACUAUGAAGUCGCGUUCCUGCUCCUUUAUCCUUAAAUGAAAUACAACACGCUCUUUUAGAGGAAUAGGAGCUUAUUUCUUAAGAAAAUAUUCGUCACUUGAUUUUAGGUAUACCAAGCAACCAUUUGUGCACAUGGAGGAAACAUUCGAUGUUAAAAAUAACCAUCCGCGAGCUUUUGUUAGCAAUACGUUUAUUUUUCCAAUAAUUUAAAAUCUAUUUAGCAAAAACUACCAAUGUAUGUGUUUUAGUAGUGUUGUAACAAAAGACUAAUAACUAAUUUAAAUGUAAGCAAAGGUUUUCUAAAGCUCGCAGAUCCCAAAGUGACCAAAAGGUUUUGCUGCCUCUUAAAUUACGACCGUUUCGAGUUAUUUGAAACUCAAUUUUUUGAAGUGUUUUUGUAAAGUUCUAUAAUGUAUUUGAUGUCUAUGUAAUUCAUA